CAGUAGGCAAUAGCAUUGGUUCGCCCAAAAACCCUACACUUUUCCCUUUACACAGACUGCAGAGAGACCGGUAAUGGCGAAGCCGCUGGGACCGACGGGUGAGUUCUUCAGGAGAAGGGACGAAUGGAGGAAGCAUCCCAUGCUCUCUAACCAGCUCCGCCACGCCACUCCUGGUCUCGGCAUCGCCCUUGUCGCCUUUGGCAUCUACCUCGUUGGCGAGCAGGUCUACAACAGGCUCAACGCUCCUUCUUCAUCUUCUCACCAUCACUCUUCCUCAUCGCACUCUCACUGAGGACUCAGGUCAGGUGGACGUGUGGUGGCAGAUAAACAUUGGCUCUUCUUUGUGUUUGAUUUUUCCCUUCUCGUACUUGAGUUUAAUAAGCUCUUUAUGGAUGUUGGAUGAGCUUUGUGUAAUUUUAAAUGUUGAACUUGUAGUGAAGCUAUGAUGUGUGUCCUCUUCAAUUUGAUAUGCUGAGUGCAGUAACCUUACCUGGAUGUUUCAUCUAAUAAGAUUUCCUCUUUCAU